CUUGGGGCUGCUGCCAUGUGAGCCAGGCCAGGCUUCCCUCCCUCUUUUCCUCCUCCUGCCCGCCAGUGCCUGCCCAGUCUCUCCAGAGAGGGACAGACACUUGACACCAUGUCUCUGCUCAACCCUGUCCUGUUGCCCCCCAAGGUGAAGGCCUACCUGAGUCAAGGGGAACGCUUCAUCAAAUGGGACGAUGAAACUGCAGUAGCUCUCCCAGUUAUCCUGCGUGUGGACCCCAAGGGCUACUACUUGUACUGGACCUAUCAGAGUAAGGAAAAGGAGCUUCUGGAUAUAACCAGCAUCCGGGACACCCGCUUUGGGAAGUUUGCCAAGAUGCCCAAGAGCCAGAAGCUCCGAGAUGUCUUCAACAUGGACUUCCCUGACAACAGCUUCCUGCUGAAGACACUCACUGUGGUGUCAGGCCCUGACUUGGUGGACCUCACCUUCUAUAACUUCGUCUCCUACAAGGAGAAUGUGGGCAAGGACUGGGCGGAAGACAUACUGGCUCUGGUCAAGCACCCACUGACAGUCAACGCUCCCCGCAGCACCUUCCUGGACAAGAUCUUGGUCAAGCUCACGAUGCUGCUCAGCCCUGAAGGAAAGAUUCCUGUUAAGAAUUUUUUCCAGAUGUUUCCAGCUGAUCGCAAGCGGGUGGAAGCUGCUCUCAGUGCCUGCCACCUCCCUAAAGGGAAAAAUGAUUCCAUCAAUCCUGAAGAUUUCCCAGAAUCUGUCUAUAAGAGUUUCCUCAUGAACCUCUGUCCUCGGCCAGAAAUAGAUGAGAUCUUCACUUCCUAUCAUGCCAAAGCCAAGCCCUACAUGACCAAGGAGCACCUCACCAAAUUCAUCAACCAGAAACAGCGGGACCCCAGGCUCAACACAUUGCUGUUCCCUCCAGCACGGCCUGACCAGGUGCAGGGCCUCAUCGACAAAUAUGAGCCCAGUGUCAUCAACGUGCAGAGGGGCCAGCUGUCCCCCGAGGGCAUGGUGUGGUUUCUUUGUGGGCCUGAGAACAGCGUGCUGGCCCAGGACAAGCUGCUGCUCCACCAAGACAUGUCUCAGCCACUCAAUCAUUACUUCAUCAACUCCUCACACAACACCUACCUGACAGCUGGCCAGUUCUCAGGCCUCUCCUCGGCUGAGAUGUACCGCCAGGUGCUGCUGGCUGGCUGCCGUUGUGUGGAGCUAGACUGCUGGAAAGGAAAGCCCCCUGAUGAGGAGCCCAUUAUCACCCACGGCUUCACUAUGACCACAGACAUCUAUUUCAAGGAAGCUAUUGAAGCUAUAGCGGAAAGUGCCUUCAAGACCUCCCCCUAUCCUGUCAUCCUGUCAUUUGAAAACCAUGUGGACUCACCCCGCCAACAGGCCAAGAUGGCCGAGUACUGCCGGACAAUGUUUGGGGACAUGCUGCUCACAGAGCCCCUGGAAAAGUUCCCUCUGAAACCAGGCAGCCCCCUGCCCAGCCCUGAGGAUCUCCGUGGCAAGAUCCUAAUCAAGAACAAGAAGAAUCAGUUUUCUGGCCCAGCAUCCCCCAGCAAGGAGGCAGGUGGGGAGCCUGAAGGCAGCUGCCCGGCCAACGCCUCUGUGGGUGAGGACACAGUGUGGACUGGUGAGGAAGGGGCUGAGCUGGAAGAGGAGGUGGAAGAGGAAGAGGAGGAAGAGUCAGGAAACCUGGAUGAAGAAGAGAUAAAGAAGAUGCAGUCAGAUGAGGGUACAGCAGGCCUGGAGGUGACAGCUUAUGAGGAGAUGUCUAGCCUAGUCAAUUACAUCCAGCCCACCAAGUUCAUCUCCUUUGAGUUCUCUGCCCAGAAGAAUCGGAGUUACGUCAUCUCCUCCUUCACAGAGCUCAAGGCCUAUGACCUGCUCUCCAAGGCCUCAGUGCAGUUUGUCGACUACAACAAGCGCCAGAUGAGCCGCAUUUACCCCAAGGGCACCCGCAUGGACUCCUCCAACUACAUGCCCCAGAUGUUCUGGAAUGCUGGCUGUCAGAUGGUGGCCCUCAACUUCCAGACAAUGGACCUGCCCAUGCAGCAGAACAUGGCGCUGUUUGAGUUCAACGGCCAGAGCGGCUACCUCCUCAAGCAUGAGCUCAUGCGAAGGCAGGACAAGCAGUUCAACCCCUUCUCGGUGGACAGCAUCGACGUGGUGGUAGCCACCACCCUUUCUAUUACGGUGAUCUCUGGGCAGUUCCUGUCAGAACGCAGUGUGCGCACCUAUGUAGAAGUGGAGCUGUUUGGUCUUCCUGGGGACCCCAAGAGGCGCUAUCGCACCAAACUGUCACCUGGUACCAACUCCAUCAAUCCUGUCUGGAAAGAAGAGCCCUUCGUCUUUGAAAAGAUCUUGAUGCCAGAGCUGGCCUCCCUCAGGGUGGCUGUGAUGGAGGAAGGCAACAAGUUUCUGGGACAUCGAAUCAUCCCUAUCAAUGCCUUGAAUUCUGGGUACCACCACCUGUGCCUGCACAGUGAGAGCAACAUGCCCCUUACCCUGCCUGCACUCUUUGUCUUCUUGGAGAUGAAGGACUACGUACCCGACACCUGGGCAGAUCUCACAGUGGCCCUCGCCAAUCCCAUCAAGUACUUCAGUGCACAUGAUAAGAAGUCUGUGAAGCUCAAGGAAGCCAUGGGAGGUGUGCCUGAGAAGCCCUUCCCACUCCGGGGCCCAGUGGCUGCUCAGGUCAACCAGGCAUUGGUCCCUACCAGCAACGGGUCACCAGCUUGGCCCAAGGAGGAGGCCGCGAAGGAAGCUUCGGCACCCGUGGAACCGCGGACCGCCAGCCUGGAAGAGCUGCGGGAGCUGAAGGGCGUCGUAAAGUUGCAGCGCCGGCACGAGAAGGAGCUGCGGGAGCUGGAGCGGCGCGGCGCGCGGCGCUGGGAGGAGCUGCUGCAGAAGGGAGCCGCGCAGCUGGCGGAGCUCGGGUCUGCGGGUACUGGAGGGGGCCGCAAGCUCUACCCCGGCAAGGGCUCCCGCAAGAAAAGGACCCUCGCGGACGAGGACGCGGUGGCCGGGGCUGUGGCCGGCGAGAGCCCCGAGGGCGCAGACGUGCGCGUGAGGGAGUUGAAGGACAGGCUGGAGCUGGAGCUGCUGCAGCAGGGCGAGGAGCAGUGCGAGUGCAUCCUGAAGCGCAAGGAGCAGCACGGGGCGGAGCAAAUCGCCAAGAUGAUGGAGCUCGCCAGGGACAAACAGGCUGCAGAAUUGAAGGUCCUCAAAGAGACCUCAGAAAUUGACACCAAAGAAAUGAAGAAGAAGCUGGAGGCCAAGAGGCUGGAGCGGAUCCAGGCCAUGAUUAAGGUCACUGCUGACAAGAUGGCCCAGGAGAGGUUGAAGAGAGAGAUUAACAACUCCCACAUCCAGGAAGUGGUGCAGGUCAUCAAACGGAUGACAGAGAACCUGGAGAAGCACCAGGAAAAGCUGGAGGAGAAACAGGCAGCCUGCCUGGAACAGAUUCGGGAGAUGGAAAAGCAGCUCCAGCAGGAGGCACUGGCAGAGUAUGAGGCCAGGAUGAAGGGCCUGGAGGCCGAGGUGAAGGAGUCCCUGAGGAUCUGCUUCCCUCUGGAGACAGAGGACAAACCCGAGAGACUCUUUGGGGCUUCCAGGGAGUCAUGUGGGCAGGACCCACUCAUGGCAAAGGAAGAGACCCUGGAAAGCCACCUCUAAUGCUCCCUGCCUAUGUGAUACUCCACAAGGAUGAUCAGACCCUUUGCUGGGACAUGACUCCAUCCCCCUGCUAGGAAAGGGCCCAGCAAUCUGAGGCUGAGGGAAGCUGGGGCUCCCUUGAAUACCAGACACGCUCUGCUGCCCAGAGGUCUUCUCCAAGCUGGCAUCCUGCUCCUCAUUCUCCCCAUUCCACCUCUGAGUAAGUGUCACAUAUAUGUUGGAGGCAAACGAAUGUAGGUUGGGAGCCAGGAACUGGAAUCCUGGCCUCGCUGCCUUUCCCUAGAAUAUAACUAGUCAUGCCCCACUUUGAACUUAAUUUACUCACAGAGUGUUAGGCCACUUGAGCUCUCCUCUCUACCACCUGUAGUUCAAGCAGGACCAUACCCAAACCUUCCUACUACAAGGUGGGGAGCUCACCUAGGCCUCUAGCCCUGAGUGGGCUUUGUCAGCACCCUGAUAUAGAACCUGCUACUACUUCCAAGCUCCCUGAGUGGUUCUUCUAGGAUGCCAUGCUGAAGUCUCUGCCCUUGCCUCCUGCCUCUGAGGCAGAGAGGCUGGGUGGGAAAACUGCCUCCACUGUCUGGCCCUCAGGCUGCUGAGACACCUGGGACUAUGCAUGGGUGUGGGCACCUCCCACCCAGAGCCUGGACCACCCCUUUCCCUAGGCCUGGGGGUAUGGCCUAGCAUGUACCCCCCCUCAGGCUGACUGCCAAGGUCAGCAUCAUGUUCUCU